AUGAACCCAAACCCUAAUAGCCUGCUAUCCACCGCAGAACAAAUGAAACGUAAUAAUGCAAAUCUCGCGAGAGAAGACACCAACACCGCAGAUAGCCCAAACCUUAGUAAUGCCCCCCUAAACCCAACACCAUCCAACCUUACCCAAGGAAAUAUCCCGCCAGCCCCACCUCCCGUCGUCCCCAUCCCCCCCAAGCCAAAAAACCCAUCUGCGGCAAAAGCACCAACAGGUAGCACAAGCCAUCCAGAAGCGACUAAGUCAGCAAACUUGUCAAGCAUGAACCCCAAGCACCUGUUGUCCCUCGACAAAGUAGCAACAAGUGCCGAGAAACACCGUCAAGUGACGAAGCAAGCGAGAGAUAUUGCAACAAUCCUGGGCACAAAAACAAUCGAUGUAGAGAAAGCGUACAAGGAGAGGACUAUCGCAACGAAUGCAGCCUUGCAAUGUGAAGCGGAGAAGGACGAAGAAACCGCCCUCAUACUCGAGAAGGCUUUCAAAGCAGACGCGGAAGGCGACAAGGUCAGAGCGGACAUGUUCUAUAAAAUCUACGCCAAAAUGGUCACAUUGAAAGACGGCCCCUCCACACCUCAAGAGCAUGAAGAGCAACGACAUCAAGCAGAAGCUAGGAUCGGUAAGAAGAAUACAGUCGCCGGCGGGACAAAUUUCAACUGGGGUGACGCCAAUUCACACAACGACGUUGGAUUCACCCCGUUCUUGAACAACAACAUCCUCGAGUUAAAAGGGCCUCUGCCGUUGACUAUCUUCAACAAGGCAUGGCAAGACGCCGCCCUAGUUUGCCACGCUGAAAAAAGACCAAAAACGGACGACAAUUCUACGGAAAAAGGACUCUGUUACACCGGGCUCCCGUACCCAAGUGAAUGGUGUAUGAGCUAUAGCAACUGGAGUCUCAAUUACGCUGAAUUCAUGACCACGAUGCGAGACGUCUAUAAGUAUGAGACUUUAGGUGAAUGGAUAAUUCUCCACAAAGCCAACGUAGACAAGAUCUUACGGAAAGAUGGCUUCAUGGUUGCCCUACGGUACGACAUCAGGAUCAGAGCAAAUGCCUUCGCGCACCGGGUCGUGAAGAAUGGAGUAAAAUCCUUCUCCAACAUCUCCAUUUUCCGACAAGAAGUAUACGACACCGCGUACGCGGAGGCAAGACGGUAUGACGAACUUGUCUUCCGAGAAGUCAAUCCUUACGCCAUUGGUGGAGCAAGAGCGUUGUGGGACCCGCACACUGGCACCAAACCGGCAUCGAAGUCGACCACAAACCUCCCCACAAGAAACACAAAUCCCCCAACUCAGUCUGGAUCCCAUGGACCGAACCACCUCCCGGACAAGCCACGAGAGAGCAGAAGGGGAUUGGGCUACCAAGGGAAGAACUACAACCCAAACCACUCAAGUGGUCAAGCACACACCAGCAGCCGGUGUGGAACUGCUCAGCGAAUGAGUGAAGAGCUUGGAGGGGAUAAAUAUUAA